AGGUAUGUAUUAAUGUUGUUGAGAACUUUCUCCCAUUCACUCUCCAACUUCUUCUUGCCCAGGAGCAGGGCACCUAUAACUGUGAUUGCCAGUGGUGGACCGGCACAUCUCCUUGCAAUCUUUUGGCCUACUUCGUGGAAGUCCAGAGGACACCCAACAUUAGCUCCAUGGCCUAAGGCCUUAUUGAGAAACAACUGCCAGCUGUCUUCCUGCCCCAAAGUUUCCAACUCAUGUGGGUGGCUCAGAGCAUCUGCGUGUUUGGCAACAUCGCGAUUACGACUUCUGGAAGAGAUGCAGACCCAAGCCCGGCAGUUGAAUCUUGUCCUGACAUCAGCAUGGUUAUAAACUUUUUUGGCUAGAGUUGUCUUACGGUCUUACCAGCACCUCCCAUGCCAACGAUUGAAACCACACAGCGAUUUUGGUCCUCUUUCAAAAGUUCUGCCACGAGCGAUUGUGUUAUCUUCUGGAAACCCACUAUAUCCUUGUCCUCGUUGAAAAGAGAGGUUCGCCGAAGGCGUUGGAGCUAUUCUCCAUGCGAAUUCAUCCCUUCUCCAAGAUUUCUGAUACCAUACCUUUUGCAGCUAUCAUCAGUUUCAUUGAGCCCAUGGUUCAAAGACUCGGCCGAGUCAUCUCCGAGUCCGAGACGACUUCGCCUAGUCAUCAUUAUCUCGGGCCUUUCCGAUACGAUAUUGGAACGAUACAAU